UGCGCUCAGCUCGCCCGGCCGGUGGUGUACUCACUCCUCCAAGUAAACAUUAAUGAAUAGCAUUAAUAAAAAUCAAAUAUUCACAAUCUGUGUUCAGAGCUAAGUCUAAUUGCUAAUCAAAUCUCAAAGUGUUUCAAUCCCAUUUUAAUUGACGAGUAAAUUAACGUGCGAGAGUUCAAGUUCAUGCUGAGCACACAUCAGCCGGAGAAAUAUAUUUUCUAUGCAGGUGAUUACGAAGGAAUUGAACUGUUUAAAAUUACUGUAACAUCCAAAGAAUAUUAUGAUAAAUCAAAGAUGGAGUCUGAGAACCGGCCUCUUCCUCCUCUGCCUAGCGAUAAUUUCACACAACACUUUAGGAGCAGUUUUGAGAGAUGCGAAGGAGCGAGCCAAGCGAGAAGCUGAAAUAAAGAGAACAAACUGGACUGAAUUAGCUGACAAAUGGCUAAAGGCGAAAGGAAGGAUCGAGGAAAAAUUUGUGACUGUGGUACCAGAUACAGCAGAAAUCCGGGACCUGCCACCGACUCCUGAGACCGUUGUCGACGGGAUGAGCGUGGAGGACAUGCGCAGGACGAACUAUUCAAGAAUGCUAUGGGGCAUGGAAAAUGCCCAGCAGCUCUCCCUCUUCGACAAAGCAUUGAAGCUUCUGGAUCUGCGACAAGUGAUGUUCGAAGUGGAGACGUCAGUGAUGUCUAAAGUCUCCUGCUCAGCUUGCAUAGCUGGCGCUGGACUCCUCCAGCAUUACAUUAAAUCUGGGAAAACUGACAAGGAGAUCAUGAGCAGUAUCUACCAGUUCUGCGUUUCCCUCAAUAUUCAGAGUCCCAGGGUGUGCCAGGGUGUGACAUUGCUCUUUGGGGGAGAAGUUAUUUACGUCCUGAAGCAAGUGAACAUGGAUGCCAGUCAGAUCUGCAGUUUCGUCAUCGGUGAUGCAUGCGAUGAUAAAUACAACCCUCAACACGAAUGGGAAAUAGCCUUUCCACCGGUUAAGAAACCUCCGGUGAUUGCCCCGGUGCCACCGAAGGAGGGAUCGAGGACUUUCAAAGUCCUCCACAUCUCGGAUACCCAUUAUGAUCCUUAUUAUCACGAGGGGACCAAUGCUGUGUGCAAUGAGCCACUCUGUUGCAGACUUACUAAUGGUCCUCCUACCUCUCCUGCCAAUGGGGCGGGGAAGUGGGGGGAUUACAGGAAGUGCGAUACACCAAAGAGGACUAUUGAUCAUAUGCUCAAACAUAUCAACAGCACGCAUCCCGACAUCGAUUACAUCCUCUGGACGGGGGACCUGCCCCCCCACGACGUGUGGAACCAAACCCGCGAGGAGAACCUCAAGAUCCUGAAGGACACAGUGACCCAGAUGAUAGAGACCUUCCCAGGGGUGCCGAUAUUCCCCGCCCUGGGGAAUCACGAGUCGGCCCCAGUGAACAGCUUUCCUCCGCCAUUCGUUCCCGAGGAGAACAGCAUCUCCUGGCUGUACGACGAGCUGGACAAACAGUGGAGGCGGUGGCUGCCCGCUGGUGUCUCCCACACAGUCAGACGAGGUGCCUUCUACUCAGUCCUGGUGAGACCCGGUUUCAGGAUCCUCUCGGUCAACACGAAUUACUGCAACAACAAGAACUGGUGGCUGUUGAUUAACAGCACAGAUCCAGUCAAUGAACUCCAGUGGCUCGUUUACGAACUCCAGGGGGCGGAGAUGAACGGCGAGAAGGUGCAUAUUAUUGGGCAUAUACCACCAGGACAUUCGGAUUGUCUUAAAGUUUGGUCUAGGAAUUAUUACAGUAUCAUCAAUAGGUAUGAGUCAACAAUAACAGCGCAAUUCUUCGGUCACACCCACUACGAUGAAUUUGAAUUAUUCUACGACACCUCGGAUCUCGGUCGUGCCGUCAGCAUAGCCUACAUCGGGCCCUCGGUAUCGCCGUACUACGAUCUCAAUCCUGGAUACAGAAUAUAUUACGUCGACGGGGAUGACAAAGCCACGACCAGAAUGGUCGUUGAUCAUGAAUCCUGGAUUAUGAAUCUCAAGGAAGCUAAUCUCUACAAUUUUCCAAUUUGGUAUAAAUUGUACAGUGCACGACAGGCGUAUCAAAUGGCAUCGCUUCUGCCGAGGGAUUGGGACUCCCUCAUUGACAAGAUGACUCAUGAAGCCUCCAAUUUCGAUCUUUAUUACAAACACUAUUACAAAAAUUCGCCGGUGCGACCCUCCUGCAACGACGAAUGUCGCAAGCGCCUGCUCUGCGAUCUUCGAAGUGGUCGCAGUCACGACAGAAAAGCCCUCUGUCAAAGCCUGGAGUCCCGAAUCGACGGCGAGACACGAACGGGCUGGAGAGAAUGGAUCUACAAUGGCUUGGCACUAUCGAAACUCUUUUCUAAAAAACUUACUGGCUCAGAUAAUAAUUAGAAUAAUUGUAGCACCUUCGGCUUAAAUAGUUUACUUCUCGUGUGUAUUUUAACAACUACUUCAUGACGUUUAAGAUUGAUUGUCCUACGACAUUCGAUGAGAAUCGAUGAAGUGUAUAAAAAACCGGUGAUUUACUGAAUAAAAUGCGUUUGGAUUUGAGGAAGCUUUCACGAAAUUGCUGUAUUAUACUCUCGACGCUUCAGUUUUCUUCCAGAACCGUGAGAUAAUGGGAUUUACAAAUUUGUUUCUCCUUGAUUUAUUGUGUAUAUAUUUUUUGAGAGAAGUCCCCGGAGGUUUGCAAGUACUAUUAAUUUUUUUGUACAGCCUUAACUGGUGGUGGAAACAACAAUGGUGAUAGGUAUCCACAGCACCUUGUAAGUAAACCCACGAAUAUCAAUAUAUAAGAGACGAAUAAAAAUAAUUUUAUUGCUCCACUACUGAACUCAUUAAUCAGCUCCUCGAUAUUUUUUACUAAUUACGCUUUCUCUGCUCUAUUAGGAUGUCUGUGGUCAUGGCAAUUCCGAGAUUUGCCUACAAUUUACCCAAGUACGUCCUAGGAUUGGGCUAGAACAGCUCCAGUACUGCCAAAUGAGGAGAAAAAGUUUUUGUGAUUUGAUGUAAUUUAAAAAACCGCGGAUCCUUGCGAUUUUUUUUCGUAUUCAAUCCGUCGAACGUCGAAGGAAAUUUAUGAUCUCCUGUUUUGUGUCAAAAUCGACGAUAAUCGGUGGGCAAUUUUCAUUAAGUUGAGCAAUUGCUAUUUGAAAAAUCGGUAAUUACAAGGAAUUUAUUUUUAUUUGCGGUUUUUUCUUUCUGAAGGGGAGACCGCACUGAAAUUUCGGAAUCGCCAGUAUCUUCAUCUCUCGCGCUGAUGAAUUUACACUUCAGUUUUGAUUUUAAAAAAUUAGAAAAUGGUUUUUAAUUUUUUUAUUGAUCAGAAAAAGGCUUUAGGGGCCUAGAAUCUUCGAAAGUUUCCUCAGGACACAAUUGUCAACCAAUCCAAACGUAAUUAAACGACCUUUUUAGAAAAUUUCAAUUUUUUUCAAUAGUUUUUUGGGUUUUUUUCUUAAAUUAGGCUGAAAAAUUGAUAGAAAAAUAGAAAAAUUCGUGAUAUUCGCUAUAGAAUAAGUAGAUAAAGGCUCCUGCGAUUUUUAAUUUCAGUGCAGUCUCUCCUCAAAAGAAAGUGAAAUGAAAAUAAAUCUUCAAAGGAGAAAUGAAAAAUUUAAUGACACGACUACGGUAUUAUUACAAUAAUUUUGACAAAUUGUCGUCAAUUUUUGAAUCAACGUUGGGAAUAUAUUAUUAUUUAUUGAGAUCUGAUGAAAUUGACGACGAGAAAUACUUCAACUGGUGCAGUUUUCGAGAGGAUGAAAAUGGGAUUGCGAAAGCGUCGAAAAAAACGAUGGAAAUUACAUGCUAUUUAUUUAUUGGAUUGUCUAAGUGAUGCUGGAAUGUCCUGGUCCAUCGGUUUUUUCGAGGACUUCCGAGGAAGACUACCGGCGAUCUGUAUAUAAUGAUGUAGAUGUUGAUUAUUUAUGUCGAGAAUCAAUGUUUCGUACGACAGAUUUUGUUAAUAAUAUACAAACAUUUUUUACGUGA